CGGCGGACUGAGGGAAGCGGCGGACUGAGGGAAGCGGCGGACUGAGGGAAGCGGCGGGACUGAGGGAAGCGGCGGGACUGAGGGAAGCGGCGGACUGAGGGAAGCGGCGGGACUGAGGGAAGCGGCCCGCGCUGCUGCUGCUGCUCACGGCAUUCAGGAAACGGAGAGAUUUCGGCGCGCGACUCCGAGCAGCUCGAGCACACAGCGGGUGUGUGCGCGCGCGGGGAAAGCCCGGGGCGGGAGGGAGUGAGUGAGUAGCGCGCGCCGAGUCUGCGCGACUAAACCCGGGAGUUACUGACCCGGUCUGUGCGGGGAUUCGGGGUAGAUGGUACCGCUAAAACCGUGGACCUGACCGGUUUCGAAUAAGAGAAGUUUUUAGGGAUUUGGCUUUCAAAUUUCCCUCGGUUUUGUCGGGCCGGUGGGAGAGUGAGCUAACACACACAGAGAGGGAGAGAGAGAGAGGGAGAGAGAGAGGGAGGGGCCGCAGCUAAACUAAACCCGGCCUAAACUCCGCGCUCCAGCCAGUGUCGAAUCCCGCCAGGCUCUGCUGAGAGCUGUUUGUGGAUUAGAGUCAGUCAUGGACUCCGCUAACUGGGGAAACUCCGCGGCUGCUCCCAGCGCCGCCGCUUCAAAAAGCGGCAAGGACAAGAAGCCCAAGAAGAGCUACGACGGAGAAGGAGAAGGGAAAAAGAAAUUUACCUUCAAACGACUCUUUCCUGAUGAGCUGGAGCGCUUCACAAGCAUGCGGAUGAAGAAGGAGAAGGAGAAGUCGGGCGCGACAAGUCAGAGACACUCCUCUGCUGUGCUGUACGAGGUCCCAUCCCAGGCCAGCAUGCUGCAGGAACACAGCGAUGACUACAUCCUGGAGCUCUUCGAACAGAUGCUGGUGGACAUGAAUUUGAAUGAGGAGAAGCAAGUGCCACUGAGACAGAAGGACAUCACUAUAAAGAGAGAGAUGGUCUCUCAGUAUCUACACACAUCUACAGCUGGUCAGAGCCAGAAGGAGAGCACAAAGUCUGCUGUGAUGUAUAUCCAAGAGUUGAGAACUGAACCCAGAGACACACAGCUGCUUGGCUGCCUCGAGUCUCUGCGUAUCUCUCUUAAUAACAAUCCUGUCAGCUGGGUGCAGGCGUUUGGAGAAGAGGGUUUGAUUUUGUUGCUCACCUUCCUCAAGAAGCUCCAGGAUGAGAGAGAGGAGUACCCGAACUCUGGUGUUGGAGUGAAGUGCCAACAUGAGAUCAUUCGCUGCCUCAAAGCCUUCAUGAACAACAAGUACGGUUUGAAAGCCAUGUUGGCGUCGACUGAUGGCAUUCCUCUCCUGGUCCGAGCCAUAAAUCCCCGCGUCCCUCAUAUGAUGGUGGAUGCUGUCAAGCUGCUGUCCGCCAUCUGCAUUCUCGAGCACCCUGAAAACCUUCAUGAGCGAGUGCUGGAGUCGAUCACUGCCCUGGCUGAGGAGAGGGAUGUUGAGAGAUUUCAGCCACUGCUGUCUGGAAUGCACAAGUCCAAUAUUGCUCUCAAGGGAGGCUGUAUGCAGCUCAUCAAUGCUCUGAUCAGCAGAGGAGAGGAGCUCGACUUCAGAAUUCAUAUACGCUCUGAGCUCAUGAGACUGGGCCUGAGGGAUCUACUUGCUGACGUGAGGAAUAUAGAAAACGAAGAGCUCCGCGUGCAGCUGCAGGUCUUUGAUGAGCAGGCUGAAGAGGACUCGGAAGACCUGCGUUCCCGUCUUGAUGAUGUACGCAUGGAGAUGGAUGACGUAUCGGAGGUGUUCCAGAUAUUGCUGAACACUGUGAAGGAUUCCAAGGCUGAAGGCUACUUCCUGUCCCUCAUGCAGCACCUGCUGCUGGUGCGCAAUGACUACUUGAUUAGGCCCCAGUACUACAAGUUGAUGGACGAGUGUAUAGCGCAGAUCGUGCUCCACAGGAAUGGCUGCGAUCCCGAUUUCAAAUGUAGAAACCUGCAACUGGACAUCGAAGCACUCAUUGAUAACAUGGUGGAUAAAACAAAAGUAGAGAUCAGUGAGGCCAAGGCCACGGAGCUGGAGAAAAAGCUGGAUGCAGAAUUGACUGCACGCCAUGAGCUGCAGGUGGAGUUUAAGAAGAUGGAGAGCGAUUAUGAACAGAAAGUCCAAGAUCUCAGUGCCGAGAAAGAAGCCCUCGGAAACGAGAAAGUGGACAAAGAGAAGGAGAAUCAAGGGCUGCAUGGAGAAAUCGGCCAACUCAAAGAACAGAUCGAAAAACUUUCUAAGGAUCUUGAGGAAGCCAAGACACAAAUCAGCAAGGUGCCCGUGCCAACCUCCAUUGACCCAUCAGCACCAGCCUCGUUACCCCACCCACCACCGCCUCUGCCUGGCCAAGCAAGCUUGCCCCCACCACCACCGCCUCUGCCUGGCCAAGCAGGCAUGCCCCCUCCACCACCACCACCACCACCGCCUCUACCUGGCCAAGCAAGCAUGCCGCCUCCACCUCCGCCUCUGCCUGGCCAAGCAGGCAUGCCCCCACCGCCACCACCUCUGCCUGGCCAAGCAGGCAUGCCCCCUCCACCACCUCCAUUACCUGGUGCUCCUGGUAUGCCCCCUCCACCACCUCCAUUACCUGGUGCUCCUGGUAUGCCCCCUCCACCACCUCCAUUACCUGGUGUUCCUGGUAUGCCACCACCACCUCCGUUAUUCGGUGCUCCUGGUAUGCCCCCACCACCACCAGGAGGGUUUGGAGCCUGGGCUGCUCCAGUGCAACUACCAUUUGGCCUGCAGCCCAAGAAAGAGUACAAACCAGAGGUGCAGCUUAAGAGGGCUAACUGGAGUAAGAUUAAAGCUGAGGACCUUUCAGAGAACAGUUUCUGGGUGAAAUCGAAAGAAGACCGCUUUGAGAGUAACGAGCUUUUCUCCAGACUUGCUCUGGCGUUCUCCUCCCAGCCCAAGCGUGAGUGCUGUAACUGCAGUGUGUUACUGUGUUCAUGCUCAGUUUUCUCCAUGAAUGAAUAG